AUGGUACGGAAACUGUUAUAUUGUAAUUUUUUUCUCAUUUUUAUUCCAUUCAUAGGUAUUUCAGAUACGACAACUAAGGCAACAAUCGGACCUACUAGUCAAGCCCCAACAUCAGGUAUUUCAGAUAGGACAACUGAGGCAACAAUAGAACCUUCGAGUCAAGCUCCAUUGUCAGUUCUUUCGACGCUUGCGAUCAUCGGAAUAUAUGGGGGAUCGGUACUUCUGAUCGUUCUGAUCGUUUUGAUCGUGCUUGUCGUCGUUCUGAUCUGCGGACUGAAGAAACGUCCACCACCGAGGAAGGUAAACCCUUCAACAGACCAGGCUGAAGUUCAUGAAAACCCUACCUACGUCCAUGCUUAGUCUUGGCAAUAAACUUCAAAAAGGCGAGUGGAAUGAAGAGUGAAGACAUAGCUACUGGGUUAUUUUAAUCUCGUGCAUGGGCAGAUAAAUUUGUCGAUGCUUUUGGGGAGCUCUUUUACUUUUCAUAAUUUGUAUUUCUUUUUCCUUUUUUUGAUUCUAGAAAUCGGUUCGUUG